AUGCUGGUUUGCUGGUUAAAGUACUGGAAUAGCGGAGUGCUUGAAGGAGAGGUGGCUUGGGACCUGGCCUCUGUGGACGGGGCCCACAGGUAUUGGGGGAUGUGGAGUUGCCAGAAGUUAGUACAUUGCAGGGACAAGAGCCCAGUGGCGAGGCGCGGGAGCCGACCGCUUGCGUGUGCGUGCUCGAUUUGGCGGGCACGGUUGGGGCGAGGAAAUGUGGAGGGGCGGUUGGGAAGCAAGGAUUGGAUGCCUGGAGAUGGUGGCGGGCAGGCAAUAGCACCGAUGCAGGCGGUUCUCGUUGUGAUUUGUCAGCGCCUUGAGGUAGGAAAUUUGCAGCGGUGGGGUGCCCUUCAGAGGGGUGAUUAA